CACAGUAUGCGUGUGUUAUAUGUGUACGGGAAGAAGUAAACAUAACCUCACAUUCGCACGUGAAAAUAACAACGAAGAGGGCAAAAAAUAAGGAAUUUCUAUAAGAAAUUACGGGAAAAUGCCUAAAGUAAAGAGUGAAAAGAAAUCUCGAGUGCACAAAGAUGUGCAAAAACAAGGAAUCGUCUUCAAUAAGGAUUUUGGCCAGCAUAUCUUGAAGAAUCCUCUGGUGAUUACGAGUAUGAUUGACAAAUCAGCAAUAAGAUCCACAGAUGUAGUUCUGGAAAUUGGUCCAGGAACGGGAAAUAUGACUGUGAAGAUUCUGGAGAAAGCCAAGAAGGUGAUUGCCUGUGAAAUCGAUACUCGUCUUGUGGCUGAGCUGCAGAAACGUGUACAGGGAACUCCGUAUCAGUCAAAGCUGCAGAUUAUGAUUGGGGAUGUCUUGAAGUCUGAACUUCCCUUCUUUGAUCUCUGUAUUGCCAAUAUUCCCUACCAAAUCAGCUCACCUCUCGUCUUCAAACUCCUUCUCCAUCGACCCUUCUUCCGCUGUGCCAUUCUCAUGUUUCAGCGGGAAUUUGCCCAGAGAUUGGUAGCUAAACCUGGGGAUAAGCUGUACUGCAGGCUCAGCAUAAAUACCCAACUUCUGGCACGAUGUGAUCUGAUAAUGAAGGUGGGGAAGAAUAAUUUCAAACCCCCUCCAAAAGUAGAGUCAAGUGUCGUUCGUAUUGAGCCCCGAAAUCCUCCACCACCAAUCAACUACCAAGAGUGGGAUGGACUUACCCGUAUUGCUUUCUUGAGGAAGAAUAAAACACUCGGAGCUGCCUUCAAGACCUCUUCUGUCCUUGAGACAAUGGAGAAGAAUUACAAAAUUCACUGUUCAUUGAAGAAUAUUGAAAUUCCCGAAGGAUUCAACAUAAAGGCGAAAAUUGAGGAGAUUCUCGUGACCAACAAAGCUGAUCAGUUGCGUGCCCGGACAAUGGAUAUUGAUGACUUUAUGAAGCUUCUCUACGCCUUUAAUGCCGAAGGUUUUCAUUUUAAUUAAAAAAAGUUUUCAAUUGAAAUUGCAUAAUAAUGUAUUUCAUACAAAAAAAAAGAAAUUAAGGAUAAGGAUUUUCCGGAUACAAAAA